AUGACCCCUAAUCCCAUUAUCAUAGAAGUCACACCCCUUCAUGUCGGACAAUUCCUAUUUGUACGCAUCAUAACUGAUAAUGGCAUCAUUGGCUAUGGAGAGGGCGGCGUUUGGGGACAUAUCGAAGCCGCCAUCACCACUAUCAACCGCUUUGCCGAGUAUUUGAAUGGUCAACCUGCAUUCAUAAUAGAGCACCACUGGAAUACAAUGCAUCGGUUCAGCUAUUUCCAGGGCACAGUCAUCAACGCUGCCAUUUCUGCCAUUGAUAUCGCCUUGUGGGAUAUAAAAGGAAAGGCUCUCGGCGUACCCAUAUACGAAUUACUGGGUGGUGCCUGUCGACACAAGGCACGAGUUUAUGGCCAUAUUUACGAAAAGACUAUAGAAGGAGUCCUAGCCGAAUGUAGGCGCAAGAUGGAUCUCGGAUAUACGGCAUUUGGACAUAUCGACCCCUUCCUUGACGAGGGUCAUGAUAGGGUUUAUUUCAAGACUCACGUCAAGAAGAUGCAGGAUGCUGCCGAGAAUGUGCACCGCAUGCGUGCUGUUGUGGGAGACAAGGUUGAUCUCCUCAUUGAACUGCACCGCCGGCUGACCCCCGCGGAAGCCAUCACUUUUGGCAAUAUGAUUAAGGAUGAUCACCCCAUGUUCAUAGAAGAUCCAAUCCGUCCAGAAAAUAUCGACUCCAUGGCUCGUGUGGCCGAAAAGAUGGAGGUACCUAUUGCAACAGGAGAACGCUAUUGUACUAUCUACGAAUUCCAGGCGGCAUUAUCUAGACGAGCCGUCGAGUACGUGCGUAUCGACGUUGCGUUAUGUGGGGGGAUCACAGGUGCAAAAAAGGUGGCUGCCAUGGCCGAAGCGCACAACGUGCAAGUCGUUCCUCAUAACCCGUUAUCACCUAUUGGCUUGGCGGCGUGUUUGCAGCUUGACGCGUGUAUUCCGAAUUUUGCCAUUCAAGAGUACUCGACUGGUUUUGAGGGUGGUAUUUUUUCGUCCACAGCCCAGCACCUCGGGGCUAAUGUGGUGGAUUAUGUUCCAGAGGUCAAGGACGGCUUUGUUGAGAUCCCCAGUGGUCCUGGAUUGGGCAUCAACUUGUUGCCGAAUGCGAGUGAUAUUCGGCCUCCCCUUGUACAGCCUUUGACUAUGCGGAAGCACGAGGACGGAUUUAUAGUGGAUCAGUAG